UAUGCUUGUCGCCUCUGUCCCACCGUUCUCUCUCGACUUUAUGCAUAUCCCAUCCAGUGACUCAUAGUACUAGUAUCUUGCUGAACAAGAGAGAGAGAGAGAGAGAGAGAGAGAGAGAGGAUGAUGAGAACAGUGACUCUGCCUUCUCCUUCCGGUUUUCUGCUUGAACCAAACGAGCCUCGCCGCCUUCUGAACUGUCCAAGAUCGGCGGCGGCGGCGGCGAGGGUCGGUUCGUGGAAGAUCUGUUGUACGGCGAGACUUCCCGCGUAUCCAAAGCGAAAUGGUUUCAACAGAAACAGCAUCGAUAGGUUGUACGAACAACUCCCGUACAUCCAAAAGACUGCAAAAGAGAUCGCAGAUCAUUGUUUGACGCUCGAAGGAGACCCUUGCUUAAGCUGUUGGAGAGCCGUCUCCGAACUUCAUGAUCUCGAAAGAGAACUUCCAAAAAGGGAGGUGGAGAGAAUGAUUAAAUUAUCGAGUGGAGAUGGAAUAGAAUCUAUGAUCAGCUCCUUGCACAUGUUUUCAGCAUCUCACAGAAGGUUAAAGGAAAGCAAUGGAUCUACAAACACUUUGAAUGAAGAGAAAACGAAGAAGGAGACCAGUGGAGCUGGUCCUAAGGCAUUGAAUGAAGAGAAAGCGAAAGUGAAAGAGGAACCUAAAUAUGUGCCGGAAUGGAUGCCGAAAUCCAUAGAAGAGCUCGAAGAAGAAGAGAAAGCUAGAAUGGCAGACUCACCACACGCUAGGCUGCUCAGAGCCAUGAGGGUGUACCCUCCUUGGCACACACCUAGGCCUGAUCACGAUUGGGGAGACUAAUACGAUAUUAGUAUAUGUAUACUUAUGUACAUAUGAACUCGUCGACAUUAUCUUUAGGAAGUAUUCUGUAAUGCUUAGGUUGUUCUCUGGGAAUAUUUUGGUCAAGUGUGUGAAUUUGGGAGCUUGAGUUGGUUUCUGUGUAUAUUUCAGGGUGAGUAGUAGUGGUUCAAACUUAUUGUCCAAAUAAAACUCCUUUAUUUCAAUCAGUGGCCUCUGUUUAUCUUA